AUGGCUGUGAGCAACUGUGGAAGCUGCCCAGAGAAGCUAGUUGAAGAUGUAUGGGCAGUUCUAAUGCAAGGCCAAGAAAAACCUGCAGAAGAGAAUAAUGGGUAUUUAGAGGACAUGAUUCCGUAUGGUAUUCUCAAAAAAUCUCUGGCGGCGCCUGUGGUGGAAAAGACUGUGGAGAUCAAACAGUCAAUAGGAUGUCUGCAGCUGCCUCCUCCUAUAAAACAUUACAGAGGAGUUCGCAGGCGGCCAUGGGGGAAAUUUGCAGCAGAAAUAAGGGAUUCUUCAAGAAAAGGCGUGAGGGUGUGGCUUGGAACUUUCACUACUGCUGAGGAGGCAGCCAUGGCUUAUGAUAAAGCUGCUCUGCUAAUGCGGGGGACUCGAGCUAUACUGAACUUCCCUACCCAGAUUGUGAUGCAGGCUUUGAGCCACAAUGAUUUUGCCUUCUCCUACGAGCUCAAUGCUUCCCGACGACGCUAUAUGAAUUGCUUGGGAAGCAAUGCUGUAAGUCCUUCGCUCUCUUUCACUCCUGAUCCCCCAGUACUGAAUAGGAAGAGACCAAGAGAUUCAUCACCGCUGGAGCAAAUGGUUAGUCAGCCAUUACAAUAUGAUAGGCUGGAUGAUUCUCAACUUUUUCUCAAUCAGAGCUCCGGCUCACAAGCAUUGGCAGAGUUCCAACACAUUGGUUCUGAUUGCCUGGAAGAACUGCUUGGAAUAUCUUCACAAACUGAUUGUUUUACUCCAUUGCUUGAUUGCUCAUUAUUUGACGACCUUUUACAAUAA